AUGACCAGUCCCCAGCCCGCGAAGGUGCCGCCCAUGUUUAAAGCGCUGUUACCUUUUAUCCGGCGCGCCGAAGAGCUCGACAGGGACACGUCGCGUCCCGAGUCCAAGCUCAUUGCGUACUAUUGCCGGCAGUAUGCCAUGGAGCUUGGCAUUAAGCUGCGCGAGAACGACGCCUCGACGGAAGCGACCGACUAUCUGUUGUCGCUGAUGGACCGCCUCGAGGGCGAGAAGGACAAGCUGCCAGAGUUCACCCAAGAAGAAGGAAAGGAAAUCUGCGAGGAUUUUGCACUGGAAAUCUUUACCAAGGCAGACGAUGAGGACCGUGCAGGCAUUGCCAACAAGAGCACUGCUCGCACAUUUUAUGCGGCUGGCACGUUUUUUGACAUUCUGAACCAGUUUGGAGACACAUCGGACGAUGUGGUGGAGAAGCGACGAUAUUGCAAAUACAAGGCAGCGACAAUCUUGAAAGCGAUCAAGGAAGGGAAAACGCCGAUACCGGGCUCUCCGGAUGAAAUGGACUUGAACAAUGUUGGCGAUGGGAAUGACGAUACGUUACCAGCAGCGACAUCUGUUUCAUUAACUAUGCCGACACCUAGUUCUCCACGGACACAAGCAUUGAAGUCUACGCGAUCCAGCCUGCCGCACACGCAACCGUUGGAGUCCACAACACUUGGAUCUCCACCGCCGCAGCCUUUGAGGUCUUUUCCUUCGCGCACCGAUUCGAUGAGAUCGGCUGGUAUGAUGAGUGCUAGCGAACUCGACGGUAUUUGGCACGGUCCUUCUUCUGAUCAACCACCGAUCCCGUCGUUGGCCCCAAGCCACUCGGCGCCUUCUCCGGCACGCCCGACGUCAGCGCACUCGGUUCCGCCGGUCCCGAGCUCUGAGUAUCGAACUCAAGCUACUCCUGCGACACCAGCCCACCAGGCUCCACCUGCCUCAAAUUCUCCGCACCGUCCCCCUGCUGAUCCGGUGACAUCUGCAUACCAAUCACCGUCAGCCCCAAGCUCCGCUCCAGAACUGUCAUAUCAAUCUCGUCCUACGUCUCCACCGCAGAGCAGACCUGGCCACGUCCGGAACACGGCCGUAUCGCAAACGGAAAUAAACGACGCGAUGGAGUGCGCCAAGUUUGCUAUCGCUGCUCUCAAGGUAAAAGACAUGAAGCUGGCAGAAGAACGCUUGGAAAUGGCGCUGCGCAAUAUCAGAGGAUCGUAA